AUGCUGGCCGCUCGCUCGGCGUCGCGGCUGCUGCCGCGGCGGGCUGUGGUCAUUGGCGGGCGUCGCGCGGCCUCCUCGCUGUACUGGCCCGACCCGUGGGGGCGACCCGCGUCCGAGGUGGGCGCCGCACGCCUCAUCGACCCGGGAGAGGUUGAUUCGUGGCAGUUUGGCCGGCAGGGAGGCGACCGCUCGCGGCCAGACGUGUGGGUGCGUGUGCGGCAGGAGAUGCCUGGCUACAUGUGCCCUGCCUGCCGCACCACCUUCCGCAAGUGGACGCAUCUUUUGGGGCACUGGCGGCUCACCAACCACGUGCCGGCACAGGCGCUGCUCACGCGCCUCGACAAGUCUGGCAAGCCGAUCGGCUGGCUGCGCCGGGCGAUGGCGGAGCAUAAGCUGCCGCCGUCGCGGCGCGAGACCGCGCGCCUGCUCCUGCUGCCGUACGGCGCGGCGCACCUGUGGCUCAGGCCGGCCGCCUUCCUGCUCCCGCCCGAGGAGGCCGCGCUGGAGCAGCUGCGCUUCGAGGAAGAGCUCAGCCGCGCGCCGCCCACCGCCUUGCGCCGCGCGCUGCUGACGCGCGAGCGCAAGGCGAUGGCCAGGAGAAGCGGCGGCGCGCGCCGGCCAGGCUGCCGUGGCGGCGAAGCAUCGGAGCGAUUGGAGUGCGAACGCCUGGCUCACGACCCUGGUGUCAUGUUGUAG